AUGUCGCGCUCGGGAGAACCAUCGCCUGGUUCCCAGAGAAGCCACGACGCGCACGAUGCGUCGUCUCUUGGGCUGCCAUCAAGCAGUCCUGGCCGCGCGAGCUCGCAGCCACGUCUCUUUCCGUCUGAUUCAUCGUCUGUGGCUAGUGGCUCACCAUUGCAUUUUCCUACAUCAUCACCCGGUGCUUCUCUAGGCUCCGUGCACACACCUUCAGGCCGGCGUGGCCGCCUGAUGGCUUCGUUCUCGAGCCAAUCUGGCGACUCAGAACCGCUCUUUUUCCCGCCAUCGACAAGCACGACACCACGGCGCCCAACACGAGGCGAUAUUCACUCAUCGAUUGCAUUCAGCUCUCCUUUCUUACGCCGUCGUCUGCACACGACAAGUUCAGAUGUAGAUCCAACGGCUACGCCUCGCGCGUCGCAAGCGAGUAUGUCGCAGGCCAGUGAAGACUUGACUUUCUCGCAUGGCACUUCGGAAGCGGAGGUCCCGCGACCACGAGAUGACAGCAAGGUGAUCUGGGGAACGAAUGUACACGUUCAAGAGACGAAGCAAAUGUUCCAAGCUUUCUUGCGUGGCUUCCGCGUCAAAUAUCGUUGGGCGUAUGCACGUUCGCAUGGCCAGCCUCAAGCUCGUACGCCGCAUACAGAUGGAGAGACGCUUUUGUAUGAGGAGUAUAUGCGUCAGAUGCGAAUGACGCAUCAAACGAACCUGAACGUGCGCAUUAGUGACUUGGCCGCCUUUCCACCGUCGAAAAAGCUGGUCAUGCAUCUCAUUCGGUACCCUCAAGAAGUAGUGCCUCUCAUGGAUACUACCUUGCAAGAGCAAAUGAUUAUUAUGGCCGAAGAAGACAUGGCAUCCAGCUUGUCGGAUGAAGAGAGGAGUUUGAUCCGUGAGCAGAUUAAGAUGAUUGAAGGCACCAUAUAUAAGGUGCGACCGUAUGGUGCUACAGCAAGGAACAUGCGUGACUUGAAUCCAUCGGACAUUGAUAAGCUCACGACGAUUCGAGGUUUGGUGAUUCGUGUGACCCCCAUUAUCCCUGAUAUGAAACUGGCCUUUUUCCGGUGCUUGGUAUGCAAUCACACAGUGACCGUGGAGAUUCUGCGUGGACGCAUCACUGAACCCCAGCGCUGUCCACGCGAUUUGUGCAACCAGUUGGGCUCUCUUUCACUGAUCCACAAUCGAUGUUUGUUUUCCGACCGGCAAGUCAUUCGCCUACAAGAGACCCCAGAUGUAGUGCCAGACGGGCAGACGCCGCACACGCUGAGUUUGUGUGUCUAUGAUGAGCUGGUCGAUAUUUGCAAGCCUGGUGAUCGCAUUGAGGUCACGGGUAUUUUCCGCAGUGUGCCUGUGCGCAUGAAUCCGCGGCAGCGCACACUGAAAAGUCUGUUCAAAACAUACAUUGAUGUACUGCAUGUGCGUCUUAACAACGCACGACGGUUGCAAGUGGAUAUUUCUACCCGCGAUGCUGCCCAGAUGCAGUCUGUCGGCGUGGGUGGCGAUGAAGAAGGCGAUGAAUUCGACAUGCGUGCAUUGGAGACCAGCGAUACAGCGUCGGCCCCGCCGCCGUCGAGUGGACGUUUAUCGCUGCUGCCUACAGAUGAGAUGCAGCAGCAUAUUGAGCGCUUGUCGCAACGCGAAGAUGUGUACGAUGUAUUGUCUCGCAGUCUGGCUCCCAGUAUUUAUGAGAUGGAUGACAUGAAGAAAGGUGUGCUGCUCCAGUUGUUUGGCGGUACGAACAAGUCGAUCGCCACAGGCGGUGGUCUCGGUGGUCCGCGCUACCGUGGCGAUAUCAAUGUGUUGAUUGUGGGUGACCCUGGUACCUCCAAGAGUCAGAUGUUGCAGUAUGUGCACAAGAUCGCACCACGUGGAAUCUACGUCUCAGGGAAGGGCUCGUCCGCAGUGGGUCUCACGGCGUAUGUGACACGCGACCCGGAGACAAAGCAAUUGGUCCUGGAAAGUGGUGCAUUGGUCCUUUCCGAUGGCGGUGUGUGCUGCAUUGACGAGUUCGACAAAAUGUCAGAUGCUACCCGCAGUGUCCUUCAUGAAGUGAUGGAGCAGCAGACCGUGUCCAUUGCCAAGGCCGGUAUUAUCACGACCCUCAACGCACGGACCUCCAUUUUAGCCGCGGCCAACCCCAUUGGAUCCAAGUACAAUCCGCGGCUGCCGAUUACCAAGAACAUUGAUUUGCCGCCGACACUCAUGAGUCGUUUCGACUUGGUAUACUUGGUCCUGGACCAAAUCAAUGAAUCGCUGGAUCGUCGUCUGGCUCAGCACCUGGUCGGAUUGUACCUGGAGGAUGCGCCAGCCUCGGCAGCCACGGAUGUGAUCCCUGUCGAGCUGCUGACAGCGUACAUUUCAUACGCCCGUGCCAAUGUGGCCCCUGUGUUGACAGCGGAGGCGAGCGACUUGCUAGCGCGGCGGUACGUGGAACUGCGCAAGGCUGGUGAGGAUCCUCGUAGUACGGAGCGCCGCAUCACAGCCACGACCCGGCAACUGGAAUCGAUGAUUCGGUUGUCAGAGGCGCAUGCGCGUAUGCGUCUCUCGACCGUCGUCACCGGUGCUGAUGUCGAGGAGGCCAAUCGGCUGAUUCGUGAGGCAGCCAAGUCUAGCGCUACGGACCCUACGACUGGGUUGAUUGAUUUGGACUUGCUGACGACGGGUCGUUCGCUGCACCAGCGGCGCAUGGCCGGCGAUUUGCGAUCCGAACUACUGACGAUUGUAUCACAGCUGGCGCAGGCCACUGGCUCUACAUCGCGUGCUGUGCGUCUCGCAGAUAUCAUCCGUACAUUCCGCGAGCAGAGCUCGAUUGCGAUUGAUACGAGUGAAGUGCAAGAGGCACUUCGUAGCUUGGAAGCGGAAGGCGUGAUUCAGGUCGCUGGCGAUCGUGAUCGUCGUACGGUCCGUUUGAUGUAG